UUUCUAAAUAAUUUAUAACACAAAUAAUUGAACAUAAUUGUAGGCUGUAAUUGGACAAAAUUGCAUGCCAAGUAUACACACACACAAUAGCAUUUGGGACCCAAAUUUUGAAGGGAUUACAUUGUAACAUAUUCCACUUGGCACCAAUCACAACCUCAACCACCUUAUCCUCCCAUAUCGAAAAUCUUCCCAAUAUCCAAACUUCACACUCACCUCACACUCUAAACUCAUCAAAAUCUACACAAACACACAAGCCCACAAGCAAUCAAGAAUAACCUCAUCAAACCAAAGGAAAAAAAAGGGAUUCAAAUUUCGAUCAUCUUANAAAAAAAAAAAAAAAAUGGCCUCAACUGCAUGUUUCUUGCACCACCUUGCAACUGUCUCAAGCCCAGCUGGUAGAACAGCUUCUAACAGCCGCCAAGUACCGUCUCUUAAGCCCGGCGUACUACUCUGCCGGGCCCAAAAGCAGGCCGAGGCCCAAGAAUCUGACAGCAGCAUUGUUUCCCGGAGAUUGGCCCUCACUGUUCUGAUUGGGGCUGCUGCCGUUGGCUCCAAAGUCUCACCUGCAGAUGCUGCUUAUGGAGAGUCUGUCUUUGCGCAUUUUUUCACCUAUGAUAAAGCAAAAGCUAAUAUCUUCGGGAAGCCAAAAACGAACACGGAUUUCAAGGUUUACAAUGGGGACGGGUUCAAAGUGGCAGUUCCCUCAAAGUGGAAUCCGAGCACUGAGGUCGAGUUUCCCGGUCAGGUUUUGAGAUAUGAAGACAAUUUCGAUGCCACUAGCAAUCUCUCGGUCACAAUCACACCCACCGACAAGAAAUCUAUUACCGAUUAUGGCUCUCCCGAAGAUUUCCUCUCUAAGGUGGAUUAUUUGCUUGGAAAACAGGCCUACUUUGGUAAAACUGAUGCUGAGGGCGGAUUUGACUCGGGAGCGGUGGCAACGGCCAACAUAUUGGAGACGGCAACUCCAGUGGUCGGAGGCUCACAGUAUUAUUUCUUGUCGGUGCUGACGAGGACUGCUGACGGGGAUGAAGGCGGCAAACAUCAGCUGAUAUCAGCAACGGUGAAAGAUGGGAAGCUUUACAUAUGCAAGGCACAGGCUGGGGAUAAGAGAUGGUUCAAGGGUGCUCGCAAGUUUGUUGAAAAUGCUGCAAGUUCUUUCAGUGUUGCUUAAAAGAGAGUGUACUAUUGAAAAAAAUGUAUGUAAGGUUUUUCAUUUAACAUGUAAAACAAGUGUUGACCACUUGAAUGCACCAUUGAGAUUUUGUGUAAAAGUUUUUUGAGGUGCCCUUUAAACCUCACUAGUUUUUUACCUCGUUGGGCCAUUUUUGUUACUGUCACAACAACUUGAUCGAAAUGGUUGCCAUUCUUUCAUGCAGCAAACUUUUAAAAGGUAACAAUAAAAUAAAGUUGGGGUUUUAUGUUUUUCCUUGACA